AUGGCUUUGCAGAGACAUGGUCGAGCGAGGAAAAUCGCAAAAGACAGCCGUGUAAUCGCACAGAUCUGCGUAAACGACAACCCUCAACAUGAUCUUCCUCUAGUGCCAGAAAAUCACCGGCCACUAGAACUUGUGAUACUCGAUAUGCUAUGGAGUUACCCGGUAGAUAUGUGGUGUCUUGGUAUAACGGUAUGGCGGAUGCUAGAUACCAAAAGCUUUUUCAGCCACUAUGCCGGUGCCGGUGAAGACCUCGACGAGGCGCGCCACUCGUCUCUAAUGGUUGGCCUCCUCGGCCCACCGCCGCGAGAAUUCCUUCAAAAUAGCAAAGGUUCGCUCAAAUACUGGGACGAGAACGGCAAAUGGAAUGGUCUAGUUGCAUCGCCUCCACCCUCAUUCACUCUCGAAUCAAUAUGGCCACUCAAAUGCGAGUCCAGAACCCUGUCUCUGGACUUUAUCCGCAAAGUUCUUUGUUGGGAUCCCGAGAUCCGUCUUUACCCCGGCGAAGCAUGGCAUCAUCCUUGGGUACACAGGAUCUAG